AUGGAUAUUGUGCGGGUACUGGAGACCGACGCCGGUCCCGUGAAAGACAAGGCGAAUGAUCUCCUCCAGGUUUUCCUGCCUCACGUCCUGCGGUUUUUCUCGGACGAGUAUGACGAAGUCUGCUCCACCGUGAUUCCCUGCGUCAACGACAUGCUCGCCUACAUUCGGAAAGUGUCCAAGGCAGAUCCUUCUUUCCAAGCACGGAACAAGGCUAUUCUCCUCCCGAUUUUGAAGGCGAUUGUUGCGAAGAUGCGGUAUGACGAGACUUCGAACUGGGGAGACGAGGAUGAGCAGACCGAUGAGGCGGAGUUCCAGGAGCUGCGCAAGCGGCUGGGUGUACUGCAGCAGAUCAUUGCGUCUGCAGAUGAGCAGCUAUAUAUCGAUGCCAUUUCGGAAGUCGUAGGAACAACAUUCGAGAAUCAGCGUGCCUCUGGAGGUCAGAUUGAUUGGCGUGACCUGGAUCUGGCUCUGCAUGAGAUGUUCCUUUUCGGUGAUCUGGCUGUCAAAGCCGGUGGUUUAUACUCGAAGGGCGCACCCACUGGCCCUGCUGCAGUACGUCUCAUUGAGAUGAUGCUUGGGAUGGUUGAAUCUGACAUCCGGUCUUUCACCCACCCCGCCACACAACUUCAGUAUAUGGAGAUUUGCGUUCGCUACAGUACGUUCUUCCAACACCACUCGCACCUUAUCCCUGGUGUUCUGGAGAGCUUCCUCCAGCUUGUUCACCACACAAACCGCAAAGUGAAGACCCGUUCGUGGUACCUGUUCCAGCGCUUAGUGAAGCAGCUACGCGGUCUCAUUGGCAAUGUGGCUCAAACCGUUGUCGAGGCUUUGGGUGACCUUUUGGUCAUCCACGCCGAGGUACCCUCCGAAGGCGAAGAUGGCGAUGAGAUGUCCUCUGAGGACCACGAGGGCUCCGCAGAUGCCGUUUUCAACAGCCAGCUGUAUCUCUUCGAGACCGUCGGUGUUAUCUGCUCGACCCCCUCAGUGCCUGCGGACAAGCAGGUCCUCUACAUUCAGUCGGUGCUGAACCCAAUCUUCGCCGACAUGGAACGCAAUCUUGAAGCUGCCAAGGGCAACGACGAACGGGCUUUGCUGCAAAUCCACCACGAUAUCAUGGCUCUGGGAACCCUUACUCCUGUUACCAACCCCCCCGCCCACAUGCCAGCACCAGAGGUCUCGGAGACUUUCUGUCAGGUGGCAGAAGCGACUUUAGUCGCUCUCGAGUCUCUCAAGGCGUCGUUCAACAUCCGGACUGCCGCUCGUUUUGCCUUCUCGCGCCUCAUCGGCGUUCUGGGUGCUCGUAUUCUACCCCAGCUGCCUCGCUGGAUUGAUGGACUCUUGACCCAGACAUCGUCGCGCGAUGAGAUGGCGCUUUUCCUUCGCCUUUUGGACCAGGUGAUCUUCGGAUUCAAGGGCGAGAUCUACAGCAUUCUCGAUACUCUUUUGACCCCCUUCCUGCAGCGUGUCUUUUCCAGCAUUGCGGAUCCUACUACAGGCACCGAUGACGAGAUCCAACUUGCUGAACUCAAGCGUGAAUACCUUAACUUCUUGCUGGCUGUGCUGAACAAUGACCUGGGUGCGGUGAUCAUCAGCGAGAGAAACCAACCCCUCUUCGAAACCGUCAUCACUACCAUCGAGCACUUUGCCAAGGAUGUCGACGACUUCACGACCGCCAAGAUGGCCUUCUCUGUGCUUUCCAGGAUGGGCAGCUCCUGGGGUGGACCCGACAUGGCCCCCGGUGCUGCCAACGGCGCCACAACCACCCAAACGGCCCUUCCUGGCUUUGGUGGAUUCAUGAUCAGCCGGUUCUCGCCCUUGUGCUGGGCUCUCCCCACCACCCCAUCCUUCAACUCUAAAGACGCGCUUGCCAAGCAAGUCCUCGCCGAGGCAGGAGCCCUGCAGCGCACAAUCUACCUCAAGACGGGCGUGGAAUACACGGAAUACCUGCGGACGCGGGAACUUCCUGGCAUGGGCAUGGGCAGUGACCUGAUUGAAGAGUUUUUGAGGGCGCUGAGCCAGCUGGACAUGAAGGGGUUCCGGCAAUUCUUCCCGGUAAGACCGAUCUCCCUUUGGUACUGGUACAUGAAGGAAACCAACUUUAUGCUGACCUCUGGUUCCCUUUCCAGUCAUUCAUCCAACGAUUGA